AUGAAAUUUAUAUUGAGGUUAGGUUUGUUUACCGUUUGUUAUGAACGGUUUGUGUUUUGAAUGUUUUCACAACUUAUUUUUUUGUUAUAUUUAUAAAUAUUGCUUUUUGGUUUUAUUUUGAUUACUAAAAAAGGAAGUUUAUUUAUAGUGUGGACACUAUAAUCAAAUGAGUACAUCUCUAUUGUCAUACUAAGCUUAUGUGCAAAUAAAAUAAAGAAUUAAUUGGUGAAAAAAGAUUUUGCAUCCUAGGCUCUUUUGUAUUUGUAACUUAUUUAAGGAAAUACGAUUUUAUUUAUUUAUGACUUAAGUAUGUGCAGUUCACCUGGUGAGAAUGGUGAUAUAGGCUUGCUUGUGUAGCUGAAACCAUUUUGUAUUAAAAUAGGUGUCAAUAGGCCUACAAAUUUUAUUUAUUAUUAUAAUUAGCCUAUUGAAGUAUCUCAUUAAUCUGAGGUCUAGUACACAUUUUCAGAAGAUAUUGUUGUGCUGUGCUUUUAUGGUUUGUUGCUUUUUAUCACAGGCUAGACACAUCCAAUAUAAGCCUAGGCUGAUAUGACUUACAUAUUUAAUGCCUUAGUCGUAUUCUAGAAACUCUAUAACGUUAAUAUGGUGGUGUACGUAAACGUUAUAAAUGUUUUAGCAAGGAACAGUACUCGGCACUGUUUACACAAGAAAUGUGUCUUUAAUGUGCCUUCAACAUUUUAUUUAGUGAACAGAAAUCCGUGUUUAUUUCUCUCAUCUUAUACAUGGAAAGACAAACAUAAAUGUGAUGACAAUAGACAAUAUUUAAAAUAUAUCAGUUCAACCUGGAUAAGAAAAUUAUCAUAUGAACGAAAAGAAGAAGUACAAAAUGAAACAACUGUACUUGAAAUACCUGAGUCGUUUAAGACAUUGAAUAGCAAACAAGAGCAAUUUCUUCAAAGUAAACUGGAAGACGAGGCAAGAACAACUAGGCCACUAACAACUGAAGAUUGGAAUUCCACAAUAUACUCGGUAUUAGAAAUGCCAGGAACUAUUAACAAAGAAAACAUAUACGCAGUUACUCUAAAUUUAUGCUGUGAAUUGAAAUCUCUGACUCUAGGCAAAUCAUUUUUCAACUAUUUAAGAUCAAAUAAAAUCAAAAUCAAUCGUGCUACGUACGGUAAUUAUUUGCGGUUGUUUUAUGUGUGCUCUGAUGACUGUACAGAUGAAGACUUGGAGGAAAUUGAAACUACAUACAGAGAACUUUUACAUUUAUACCCGUUACUUGAUAGUUACACAGCGGAAAAAGCUGUUUGUGCUUUGUCAAUUACAAAAAAUUGGCGUGAGUACGAGAAACUGUUCAAAAAUAUUAAAUUAUUUUAUAGCCCUACCCCAUUUGUAUAUUCUGUUGUGAUUAAAACAGCGUUUAAACAUGGAGACUUGGACUUAGGAUGGUCAAUAUUAGAAGAAAUAUAUUUAAAUGGACAGUAUGUACCUGAUGAAGUGUUUAUUUUUUGGCUAGAACAAGGAGGAAAAAAUAAAAAUGAACUACUGAUAAAAUUGUUAGACUUCUUUGAGAAAUUCAAUAUCAUGCCAUCUUUAAGAAUGAGUAAAGUAUUGAAAGAGAAUUUUGAAAAUUUAGGUGGACUUAGGAAGGGAACAUUUGUAAAAAUUUCAAAAUGGGGAGAAUGCAAGAGUUGUCAUGCAAAAUUAGAUCAAGCUUCAGUUAGUCCAGAAGAUUAUAACCAAUUGAAAGAAGCAUUUCUUAAUCCAGUUCUUAUUGGAAAAGAUAUUUUUCAGAAGACCAAACCUGAAGAGUUUAAUGAAUUCCUAACAUUUUUAGAAAAAACUGCUCCAUACGAUAUUGUUCUAGAUGGCUUGAACAUUGCACUGAAAGUUCCUAAAAGCAGAAGAUCUCCUAGUACGUUUGCAUUCCAGUUAAAAUCAGUGGUGCAACAUUUUGCUUGUCAAAAAGCAAAAAUUUUGAUUCUUGGAAGAAAACACAUGAAAAGGUGGCCAUCAGGAGACAUGAGCUAUAUAUACAACAAUGCACAUGUAUUUCUCACUGAGGAUAUCUCUCAGGAUGACCCGUUCCUGCUGUACGCUACUCUGUACAGUGGUCUUGGCACGUGCUUCGUGUCCCAGGACCUGAUGAGAGGACACAAGUUCCUGCUCGCUGACCCGAAGCUACAAGCCACAUUUAUCAAGUGGCAGGCAAAGCACCAGUUCUGCAUCUCUUACAUUGACAUGUACGGCAAUGUGGGUCUUCAAGAACCAGUGUCAUUCAUGCAGAGCAUCCAGUGCAACGCGAGGGGUGACUGGCACAUCCCGUACGUGGUGAAGGAGGAUCUGCCCCACAAUGUGAGAGUGGAUAACUACCACAGACACUGGCUCUGCCUGUCGUCACAACCAUCGCAACAGUCUUCCAGCUCUUCCGGCUCUUACAACAAGCGGAAACAGCCUGUCUCACAUAACAGACCUAAGGUUGUCUUAAAGUCUCUGUUUGACUCUUAGAUUCAGUGUGAUCUUUCAAUUGUAACUACAGUGUGAUUGUUACCUGUAUAGUGCCAAAGCAUCACUGAGUUAUUUACGAUGUAGUUUAAAGGUACGGGGAUCUCUGUGGGCGAUACAACUUAGUUAUAAAAUGGUAUUAAACACUAUUAUGUCCACGACCACUUAAAAUUCAAUCUGCUGUAACAUUAUUUUAAUUUUUGUAAAUCUUACAUUUUUUUAAUUUGUGCAAAAUAUUGUUUAUAUUUUGUGACUAAUUCUUUCAUUUAAUGUAUAAAACAAAAUAAGAAAAAAAUGUCUGUAAGCAACAGAGUUUAUGAAACUUUCCUAUGGACAUUUUAUGUCCUAUGGACACUGUGGGAUAAGACAUUAGACCAGAUUCUGUAGCACUAAAAGAUAAAGAAUAGAAACCAAAUGUGUAGAAUAGAUUUUUACUAUGAUAAUAAAUUUGUUAAUUUUGA